AUGGGAGACUAUGGAGAGGGAGAUUUACAUAAGAAUGUUUCACUCGUUUCGAAAGCGAAAAAGAAAAUUUCUGGAACCCGGUUAAGCUGCUUAGCUGGAUAUAAAAGCUCAGCUGAGAAUGUGUUCUUCACACCAAUGGCAGUAGUUCAUACAGCUCUUCUAUUCGCAUUCGUUUUGCCGGUGGCAUUGGCGGAGCAGAGCACGUCCAAUCGUGAGAAACGACAAUGCCCAUGUGCUGCGAUCGUGCCGAAUCUGUGCUCGUGCAAGGCCGGUCCCACUGCCAGCUGCACGUGCGCCGCGCCCACGCUUGCGACGACGACGUGCGGUUGCGCGGCCGUAUCACAAAUAGCGCAAUGUCGCGCAUCUUGUAAGCGUACUUGCGUCUCCACUUGUACGCAUAGUAAGAUCAGCUCAACGUGCCCUUCCUCAUGUGGGCUCACCUGUCUGCGAUCCUGUAUGCCGCAGCAAGUCGUACCAGUACGAGUUAUUAUGCCGAAAUUAAUUUCAGCAGAACAAUGUCUUCCUGUUUGUCAACAAUCCUGUGGGAAAUCUUGCGCCGCUUUGUUCACCACCGCUGAGUGCACUCCAGUUUGUAGGCAGUCUUGUGAACAACGCUGCGUGCACCUGCUUCCAUCUCUAUCCAUAAAUACGUGUUCUGUAGAGUGCUGGCCGAAAUGCUCGCAACAGUGCAUUGGCGAGCAGCAGCUACUUCUUCAGCAAAACAUGCAACUUCUCGAUUCUGCCGGCGUUACUUCUAUUCAGGAGCAACCAAUCCUCGUGGAUCAGCCAAUGCUGGCCGGUGAUCUAAUACCUCUACCACAACAAGCACUAGCAGGAAGGGCACCUCUUCUUUCUGGACCGAUCAUCGGCGGCCCAGCUCCAUUUCAACAGUCAAUUCAAAAUCACCCAAUGCUUACUCGCGGUCAAAUGGCUCCAAGAGGUGCUUAUCCAUUCGAACCAUUUCCGGGUCCGCAUUUACAGACUCUGCCAUUUGCAGGGGUCAGCCCAUCAGCGGCAUUCGGUCCAUCGGCGGCAGUGGGUCCAUCAGCGGCGGGUUUCCUUCAACCUCAACAGUUACUUCCGGAUCAUUCCUCGUUUCAUCCUGGUUUGAUGAGCGGAGGAGUUGCAUCUCCUCAACUUCUGGGAAAUCAGCCAAGGACUUUAGCGGGUCUACCUGGAGCAAGAGGAAUCCCAUCAUUCCCAUCGCUUCAAUCUGCUGCUGGUCAACCUUGGCUGCUUUCGGACCCAACAAUGGGAGAGCUUGGUCAACCCAAGCAAUUACUUAAACGUCUACCAGAACUUGUUCCAUUUCCAACAGCAGAGGACGCAGCUGCCCUAAAUCAACCACUUACUAGUAAACCAACAUUUGUAGGUGGUCCAGUAGAUGAAGAACUACCUCGUCAACUUCAAGCAGGUCAAAGAGACUUACUCAAUGGACCAAGUGUAGGUGUAGGAUCUGCUUCAUUACGUCAGCCAUUCCUUGGUCAACCAUCAUUGCUUUCUAAUGGUCGUGUCAAAGAUAGCGUCCAACCUCAGCAAGUACUUGAGGAUCAACCUAUAUUGAUUUCUAGUCCGAUUCCUGCAAAAAGUGCUCAACCACAGCAAUUGACUCCGGAUCAACUAGGAUUUCCUUUGCAAGAGUUCGUCAAAGGUCAACUUGCGAAAGAUUCCAGCAUCGAAGGGGUUCCUCCACAGUUGGGAAUUAUUCCAGGUGAAUCAACGUUGAUCUCAGAUGCGUCUUCAGCAGGAGUGGCUGGGCAACAACUUCCCUCGAUCACCGGCGAACCAUCACAGGUGUCUAGCUUUCCUGGUUCAGUCAAUGUCCCCCAGGAAGCAAGUCAACCUCUGUGUCCCACUGCUUGCAUGCCCGCGUGCGAUCCACAAUGUAUUAAGGAGCAAGAACUUCUGUCACAACAACCCUCACAAGCAGUUCCCACAAUGAAAGCUCCUUCUCGGCUUCAGGAAGGCUUCGGAAAAGAAUUCUCUUUUGGAGCUGCAAAAAAGGUUUAG